CUGCAGUCCACCGCUCAGCUGUUGCACUCAGCUGCCCAGCGCUUCCACUUCACAGGAAACUUCUUACACCGCAGUCGUUUAUACCACACACACACGCUUACACACAAAGUGUAAACAGCUUGGGAUAGGUCUCUUCACCCUGCCCCAUCUGUUUGUGUGUUGAUCCGUUCAGCAGGCCCUGCUUCUCCUGUCCGCAGCGUCCGUGAUGAGUUACUACAUGGAUCCAGUUUCUUCCUACCCGGCCCUUCACCCCUGUGACCGUCUGGGCGCAAUGAGGCAUAGUGGAGGGGUGGCAGUGGGCCCUCAGACCCACCUUGCAGGUGUGGUUCACCCUCAGCAGCAGUACUACCCAUCACAGCCCCUUUACAUCCAGGACAUACCCCUGCAGGAGGUGCCAAACGGACACGACAUGUGCCCUACAGAUCCGGAGUGUGGAGAUGUCCCCCUGCUAACUCCAGGAAGUAAAGAGAUGAUGUCCCAGGCCCUGAAGGCCACCUUCAGUGGCUUCACAAAGGAACAGCAGCGGCUUGGUAUUCCCAAAGAUCCCAGACAGUGGACAGAAAACAACGUGGCUGAGUGGCUAACGUGGACAGUGAACGAGUUCAGUCUGAAGAAUGUCGACUUUGACAAAUUCUGCAUGAACGGAGCCAGCCUUUGUGCGAUGGGGAAGGAGCGUUUUCUGGACUUAGCACCUGACUUUGUGGGUGACAUUCUUUGGGAACAUUUAGAAAUGCUUCAGAAAGAGGAAGCAAAGCAUUACCCCAUCAAUGGACUGACCUCCAACUUCCAGGAAUCCCGUUAUACCUCAGACUACUUUGUCAGCUACGGUGUUGAGCAUGCUCAAUGUGUCCCUCCUUCUGAAUACUCAGAGCCCGGCUUCAUCACAGAGUCUUACCAGACACUUCAUCCCAUCAGCUCGGAGGAAUUGCUGACGCUCAAGUAUGAGAGUGAAUACCCUACUGUCAUCCUGCGGGACACGCCCCUCAACCCCCUGCAGGGGGACUACUUCACCGUCAAGCAGGAGGUGGUAUCCCCAGACAACAUGUGUGUGGGACGCCUCAGCCGAGGUAAGCUUGGUGGUCAGGACUCUUUUGAGAGCAACGAGAGCUUUGAGAGCUGCGACCGGUUGACCCAGUCAUGGAGCAGCCAGUCCUCAUUCAGCAGCCUGCAACGGGUGCCUUCGUACGACAGCUUUGAUUCGGAAGACUACCCUACUGCCUUGCAUAGCCACAAGCCAAAGGGCACUUUCAAAGACUAUGUGAGGGAGCGCUCAGACCUCAGCAAGGAUAAACCCGUCAUUCCAGCGGCGGCACUGGCAGGAUACACAGGCAGCGGCCCCAUCCAGCUGUGGCAGUUUCUCCUGGAGCUGCUGACCGACAAGUCUUGCCAGUCCUUCAUCAGCUGGACAGGCGACGGCUGGGAGUUUAAGCUUUCAGACCCAGAUGAGGUUGCUCGGAGGUGGGGCAAGAGGAAAAACAAGCCCAAGAUGAACUAUGAGAAGCUGAGCCGUGGCCUACGCUACUAUUAUGACAAGAAUAUCAUCCACAAGACAUCAGGGAAACGCUAUGUCUACCGCUUUGUCUGUGACUUAAAAAGCCUGCUGGGGUACACUCCUGAGGAGCUCCAUGCAAUGUUGGACGUGAAGCCUGAUACGGACGAGUGAAAGCAAAGGCAAAACAAGGAGUGAAGACAAAAUUUGAGGAGACGCGUGGACUGGGGCUCAUAAAGUGGUCUUAACUGUUUUGAUAGAGUUGGUAAAACUGUUUUUUUGGGGACCAAAAUGUUUUUAAUGACUAACUUUUGUCCUUGUCAACUUCAAGCUCCUGCCUCUCAGACCAUGUUUAAAAAAAAAAAAGAAGGCACAAGCCAAUAGCCUGUAUUCAUACCCUGUUGCAUUUGAGAUGUCUGUGCGCGCAUGUGUGUGUGAGCGUGCGUAUGUGGGAUUAUGUACCGGUAUUAUUUAGCGACUCACGGCAGAUAGAGCACUAUCGUGUAGAGUUCAAGUCUGGCUAAGUAGCACAGUGGAGGAGACGAGAGGACCAAGACAUUAGGAAUGACAGAACCGAGAGAGAGCAAAAUAAUUGAUUAAUUUCAUGGUUUGGUUAGAACGGGAGAAACAUUCCUGCUUAGAA